AUGGGAGUUCUUUCUGCGUUGCGUUGUAGAAGUUGUUACAAUGACGAGAAUAAGGAGCCUGAUAUAAACUUUUCCAGAUCUAAAAUCAACAAUAGUUAUAAAGAAGAUGUGUUUCAAAAAACCUCAUGCAAUAUUAAGGAAGAAAGAAGGGAUAGUGACUUUUCUGAAGAAGAUAAUAAAAAUUCCCUACAUAAUGAACAUGAAAAAAAAGAUCCUGGAGAUGAAUGUGAAAAAAACUAUAUAAGCUAUAUUAAGGAAGAAAGAGGGGAUAGUGACUUUUCUGAAGAUGAUAAAAAUGUUCUAGAUAAUAAAGAUGAAGAAAAAGAUCCUGGAGAUAUAAGUGAAAAUUCCUCAUGCAAUAUUAAGGAAGGAGUAUGGGAUAGUCACUUUUCUAAAGAAGAUGAUGAUGAAGCCAUGUGUGAGAUGAAAAUUGAAGUGGAAUAUCAUGGGGUUAAAUAUGAUGAUGAAGAUGAAUCAAGGGUAACAUCAGAAGGCUACAUAUCAAAGUCUAACCUAAAACGUCACGUUCAAAUUGAACGUGGCGAAAAAACAAAGAAAAGACAAAGAAAAAAAGGCAGUUGUCCACAUUGCCUAAAAAAUUUCACUAGAAUUGAAUAUUUAAAAGCGCACCUUCAAUCAAAACAUGGCGAUCCCCUUCAAAGAAAAAAAUUCAAAUGUCCGCGUUGCCCAAAAGAUUUGUCAAGCAAAGAUUGCUUAAAACGGCACCUUCAAUCCCAACAUGGCGAUCCCCUGCAAAGAAAUAAACACAAAUGUCCACAUUGCCUAAAAAAAUUCACUAGAAUUGAAUAUUUAAAAGCGCACCUUCAAUCAAAACAUGGCGAUCCGCUACAAAGAAAAAAAUUCAAAUGUCCGCGUUGCCCAAAAGAUUUGGCAAGCAAAGAUUGUUUAAAACGGCACCUUCAAUCCCAACAUGGCGAUCCCUUGCAAAGAGAAAAAUACAAAUGUCAGCAUUGCUCAAAAGUGUACACAAAUAUACAUAAUUUAAAACAGCACGUGGAAAGCCAACAUGGCGAUCCCUUACGAAGAAAAAAAUUCAAAUGUUUACAUUGUGACGAAAAUUUAAUUAGUUCGGGAAGUUUAAGCCGGCAUAUUAGAACCAAACACAGCGGUUUUAAGUACAGUUGUCCUCAUUGCCCAAAAGCGUACACAACAAGAAAUAAUUUAAAAAAACACGUUCAAAGUAAACAUGGCGAACCCUUGGAAAGUAAAAAAUACAAAUGUUCACAUUGUGAUCAAAAUUUCAUCACCCAGUCUAAUAUGCAAAGACACUUAAAAACAGUUCAUAAAAGCGCAAUACCUACCUAA